AUGGACCGUUCCAACCUCAUCGGGCGCGCCACCGAGAUAGCCGAUAUUGCGCGCAACCUUGCAGACGAACUCGCUCGGCGCGGACUCCCCGAACCCUCCUUCGCAAACGGCCUGCCCGGGGCCCUGCAGAGUGAUGCGCCGGACUCGGACGCGCUGGCCGCCCGCGUGAAGCUGCUGGGGCUGUUGGAUGAAUUCAAAGAUCUGCUCACAGAGCCCGCCCUCCUGUGCAGCCCCGAGCUGCGCAACCCGUCGAUGAGCACGUUGGCCCUAGUCCGUGUUGGGGUCUUUGAGAAUUUCCCCAACGAGGGCUGUUCCGUACAAGAUCUGGCCAGGAAGCUGAAUCUAAGUGAUAAUGUGGUGCGCCGGCUGCUCUCGCAUGCCGCUACGUACCGUGUCUUCUUCCAGGCUAGGCCGGACUUCUUUGUACAUACGGCCAGCUCCCGUGUGCUGUCUGAGAAUGAGGGUAUGCGCAACUGGAUAUUGAUCGGUCUGGGCGAGACCAUGCCGGGUACAUUCCGAAUUGCUGACGCCCUGGCGAAAAACCCUAAUUCCGAAGAACCACAGCACAGUGGAUGGAGUGUCCAAAAUGGCACCGACCUCCCCAUCUUCCAAGCCCUGGCCGACAUGCCGCAACGCGCUAGUGUCUUCGCCAAAGCUAUGAUGUGGCUUGCCCAGCUGCCAGGCUUUUCUCCACAGUACCUCGUCGAGAAUUUCCCAUGGGGAUCAGGGGACAUCACAGUUGUUGACGUCGGUGGAGGUAUGGGACAUAUCGCACGCGCGCUGGCCGCCCAUAACCCGACCGUACAGUGCAUAGUGCAGGACCGCGCAGAGACUAUAGCUCAGGGCGAGAACAUCCUGUCAGCAGAGCUGCAGGGCCGCGUUCGGUUCCAGGCACACGAUUUCUUCGAGGAGCAGCCGGUGCACGGCGCGGAUGUUUAUCUGUUGCGCCAUGUGCUGCAUGACUGGUCGAACAAGUAUGCCCGGAAGAUCCUGCAGGCUCUGAUCCCGGCGUUGAAGCCGGGGACCAAGAUUGUGUUGAAUGACCGUGUGGUUCCGGGGUAUGGCGAAACGAGUAAUCUUGCGGAGCGUGAAGCGCGGGACUACGAUAUGUACAUGUGGGGUUUGCAGAAUGCGCAGGAACGUACUCGCAAUGACUGGGAUACACUGUUGCGAGAUGCGGACCCUCGAUUCAAGCUGACUCGCGUGUCUAAACCAUCCAAAUCAUAUCUGGCCAUUAUUGAAGUGGUCUGGGAGGGCUAG